AUGGGCAAAGACGACUCAGUCCUUACCAAGCCGACCGAGGCAUCGUCCGCCAAUGUCUCGGGCCGCACCUCGCCAUCCAAUGACAUCGAGAAACAGUCUUCGCUUGAGCAAGGCACCUCUGCCCCUCUGCAGCGCCGUCUGCAAUCCCGCCAUCUGCAGAUGAUCGCCAUUGGCGGCACCAUCGGUACCGGUCUGUUUAUUGGCUCGGGCUCUGCUCUCAGCAAGGCUGGCCCUGCUGGUGCGCUAAUCGGCUACUCUUUCGUCGGUACACUGGUGUAUAGCGUCAUGGUAGCAUUGGGCGAGAUGGCUACGUAUUUGCCUGUGUCUGGGUCCUUCACGGUGUAUGCUAGUCGGUUCGUUGACUCGAGCUUGGGCUUUGCUAUGGGAUGGAUCUACUGGUUUUCAUGGGCCAUGACCUUCGCUCUGGAGCUGGUUGCCAGCGGCCUGAUCAUCCAGUACUGGGAACAGGAUUUGAACAUAGGCAUUUUCAUCGCCGUCUUCUGGGUCUUCAUCAUCGCACUCAACAUGCUGCCCGUCUCAUUCUACGGCGAAGUCGAAUUCUGGUUCGCCUUCAUUAAAGUUGUGACCGUUGUCGGCUUCAUUAUCUUCGCCAUCUGCAUCGACGCUGGUGCAGGUGGCAGGCCAUAUCUCGGCUUCCACACCUGGAGCAACCCAGGCGCAUUCGCCAGCUACAUCGUCGACGGCGCAACCGGCCGAUUCGUCGGCUUCUGGGCGGUGCUCAUCCAAGCCGGAUUCUCCUACCAGGGUACCGAGCUCGUCGGUAUUGCAGCAGGGGAGACUGCCAACCCGCGCAAGACCGUCCCCUCCGCCAUCCGCAACACGGCGUUCCGCAUCGUGCUGUUCUUCAUCCUUACAAUCCUGAUGAUCGGCCUACUGGUACCUUACGACAACGAAUCUCUUCUGUCAGACAGCACAGACGCGACGGCGUCGCCCUUCGUCAUUGCCGCACAACUCGCAGGCGUCAAGGCCCUUCCCGGGCUGAUCAAUGGUGUUCUGCUGUGCGUCGUCCUCAGCGCCGCCAACAGCAAUGUCUACAGCGGUAGCCGCAUCCUCGUCGGCUUGGCGUCCGAGGGUCUCGCGCCUAAGAUUUUGGGCCGCACUUCCCAGCGCGGCGUGCCGUAUGUCGCGGUCGCAUUCACUGCGGCAUUUGGCCUGCUCGGUUUCUUGAAUGAGUCCAGCAGCGGUGCGGAGGUCUUCGACUGGCUGCUCAACAUCACCGGUGUAGCCGGCUUCAUCUCCUGGACGUGUAUCGGCAUUUCACACAUCGCGUUUAUGAAAGCACUAAAGGCACAGGGCAUCUCCAGGGAUAGCCUGCCAUACAAGGCGAUGUGGCAGCCGUGGUUCAGCUGGUAUGGCGUGGGUUUCAACGUUUUGAUUAUCCUGACGCAAGGCUUCACGAGCUUCAUGCCGUGGAACACGAGCGAUUUCUUCAUUGCAUAUGUGAGCGUCAUGCUGUUUGUGGUGCUGUUUGUGGGGCAUAAGUUGGUCACGAGGAGUAAGCCAGUCAAGAGCGAGGAGGUUGACUUGGUGACAGGGAGGACGGAAGUCGAUGAGUUGGAUGCUCUGGCGGAGAAGGAGCAGGAAAUGGAGGGCCCACAGAGGAAGACGUGGUUGAACAGGGUGAGCAAGUUCAUCUUGGGCUAG